CCCGUUCCCCAUUUCCUUGGGAUUUGAAGCGGCGAAGCGUUUCGUCUCGUGCGGUUUCGAAGUUUCGUAUUUGUACUGACUCGCGGAAAAGUCAUGGGUCUUACUCGGGUUCUCCUACUUGCCCUUGCCCUUGUGCUUGCGGGCUUUUCCAGUUCGGAUGCGCUCAACUUCAAAAUUGCGCCAAAGGAAACGCUCUGCUUUCAUGAGAUUACACACAAAGGGAACAAGGUGUUAGCCUUCUUCGAUGUUCUCUCAUGGGGCUACGGUGCGUAUGUGUAUUUGCAUGUCACAUCGCCGUCAGGGAGGGAGAUCAAGAAAUACGAGGCGGAAAGCGAAGGGCGCGUCGAGUUUAUUGCUACUGAGGAUGGGGAGCAUAACUUUUGCUUCAAGAACGCCCAGACCGAAACAGAGGUCUCGUUCUGGAUUAACACCGAGUCAGAUUCGGCGCUUUCUGAUGUCGCGAAGGAAGAACAUGUCAAUGACAUGGUGUAUAGCGUCGAGAAACUUAACUCCCUGGUCAGUGCGGCCCGCGUCGAUCUCGAGGCAUUCAAAGCACGGGAGCACCAUCAUCGAAAAACUGCUGACAAGAAUAGGAGAAGGGUAACUUUCUGGGCUUUUGUGGAGUGCUUCCUCAUCUUGGCCGUUGCUGGUGUGCAAAUCAUGCGGAUUCGCAAUUUCUUCGAAUACAAGCGUAUGGUCUAAGGUAUCUUAUCCCAACAUUUUGUGUAGAUGUACACAAAAGCUUUCCCACCACCCAUGCUAGGAACAUUGCCGCGAGUGAACUAUCAUAAAGAUAAGCUUAACCUAACGAAAUAUGUAGACGGUUAAGUCAAGUCGCUACUGUUGAGUAUGAUACU